AUCUUUUUGUAAAGACAUAAACUUUCCCCAUAACCAGAAUCGAUUCAUUUCCUCCAUUAAUGGCUACACCAACUGAAACCCAACAAAACCCUUCAUCAUUCCCACUCCAAGACCGAGUUGCCAUAGUUACCGGAGCCUCUCGCGGAAUCGGCCGAGCCAUCGCUCUCCAUCUAGCCUCACUCGGCGCCCGUCUCGUCAUCAAUUACAGCUCCAACUCAGCUCAAGCCGAACUCGUAGUCACCGAGAUCAACACCUCAUCAUCUUCUUCUUCGACGACCCCUCGAGCCGUCGCGGUCCAAGCCGACGUGUCCGAUCCCGACCAAGUCAAGUCCCUCUUCGAUUCGGCUGAGAAGUUCUUCAAUGUCCAACCUCAUAUUCUGGUCAAUUCCGCCGGAGUACUCGAUCCAAAAUACCCUUCCAUUUCCAACGCCUCCAUUGAAGACUUUGAUCUCACUUUCAGUGUGAAUACAAGAGGGGCGUUCUUGUGCCUAAGAGAGGCAGCAAAUAGGUUGAAGCGCGGAGGUGGGGGUCGGAUCAUAUCGUUAUCUUCGUCCAUGGUGGGGGGCCUGAAGCCGGGCUUUGGCACGUACGCAGCCUCUAAGGCGGCGGUGGAGACAAUGAUCAAGAUACUUGCAAAGGAGCUGAAGGGGACGGGGAUCACGGCAAACUGCGUGGCACCGGGGCCAAUCGCGACGGAGAUGUUCUUUUUGGGGAAGAGCGAGGAUGUUAUUAAGAAAUUGGUGGAUGAGUGUCCGAUGGGAAGGCUUGGAGAGGUCAAGGAUGUGGCGCCUGUGGUGGGAUUCUUGGCUGGUGAUGGGAGUGAGUGGGUUAAUGGGCAAGUGAUUCGUGCAAAUGGGGGAUAUGUUUAGGAUCAAAUCUCUUGAAAAGAUAGCAACUUUCUAAGAUUUUGAUGCCAUCGCAGGCUGCUCUGGUGGAACAACAUUCAACUGUGGAGGAUCAUCAUCAUCAUCAUCGUAUCAUAAUAAUAAGCAUAGGAUUCUAAACUCAAUGCCACUGACACUACUAGGAAAAUAUGAAAUAAAAUCAAUGGAGUUUGUUUAGUGUACAUGAUAAGCAAAUCAUAGGAAACUUUAUGAUUUUUUAUUGUCAAAUUGUACUUGCUUGGUUUUAGAAGAAAAGUGUAAAAGAAUGUUUGUACUUGGCGCUCGUUUAAGCUGUGGAUUAUGUUAUUUUUGGUA